AAAUUUAUGUCAGUGGCGGCCAUCAUGUCAGUGGUACCCAUUUCAGUUCUCGUACGGUGGAAAGAUACCUACCAGCAAUUCAACUUCUUUUCGUUGAUGAAGAAAGGGCUGUAUAUAUCCUGCCACCACCGGAAUGUCCGUUAUCCGACUCCGAAACACACGUUGCCACUUAAUCAAUAUGAUGUUAUUCCUUGCAUUCACUCUACUGCUACUCUCCGAUGCCGCUGCAUCAAAAUCAAUAAUCAAGUCCCUACCUGGCUUUGACGGUAACCUUCCAUUUGUAUUGGAAACAGGGUAUAUUGGCGUGGGAGAAUUGGAAGCCGUGCAGCUAUUCUACUACUUCAUCGAGUCUGAGAGGAGCCCAAAAGAUGACCCUCUUGUGCUUUGGCUCACUGGUGGCCCUGGAUGCUCUGCCCUGUCUGGAAUUAUAUAUGAAAUUGAAAUUUCUCUAUUGCCUAAUUCGUUUGGCAAAAAUCCAAGAAAUUUAAGGCUAUUAAAAGUUUUACGAUCAUGUAUACAUCUAUGGGUGGGCGAAUGAUGAAACUGUUCGAGAUGCUCUUCAUAUUCGCAAGGUAUGCUUGCCCUAUAUCAAGUAUAUUACCUUCCAGAUUCAAAAUCACUCUGCUCAUGGCGGAAAAAUAAUAAAACUAUCAUGACCAGGGAACCAUAAAGGAUUGGAGAAGAUGCAAUAAGACCCUGGCCUAUUCGUACAAUGUCG